UAUUAGGAGAUAAAAGUUGCUUCCUGACUUUCUGCCAUAACUUAAAAUGUUUCUCAGUGUAGAGUUACUUCAGUGACCCUGUCAGCCACACAGGGUCAGCAGAGGGCUACCCACUGCAGGACGCUGUCCAGUCCUCCAUCAGAACUCUGCAAAUCUGUGAAACUGGAAAAGUAUCAAGGUCAUGUCAUCAUUCUUUAAGUAAAAUGCACUAACACUACAUCAUGUCAUCUCCAGCCAUGUAAUGAAAAAGUAAAUUCAGUGCAGUCAUACACACAUUCCAGCUGGUCCUGAUCUGUACUUACUUCAUUCAACAAAAGGUAAGAAGUGUCGACUGUUUUGUUUUGUUCAACAUUCUUUUUCCUGCUUGACACUUCUUUUCUUAUUUACUGUUUUUCUGUUUGUUUUCAGGUGCAGUGAAGCCAACAUGAAAGCAGCCUCUAGACAUCAAGGUGUGAAGAUCAAGCACAGCCAAAUGUCUGAGGGAAAGAAAAUGACAUCGAGCCGCAGGCAUCAACUGAAGAGCCUGAUGCUGCAGAUUGCUACCAAAUGGCUCGAGGAGGAGAAGAAAUCAAUUGCAGCUGCAAAAGAGGCCUACCUUGCUGAAAACUGCCCACUGCCUGACCUCAGCGGAGACACAGCUGCCCUCACGGAAAUCUGCAAGCAGCUCCAUGCUGCCAUUGACAAGAUUGAUGAGGCGAGGUAUGAUGCAGAGGCCAAAGUUCAGAAGGCUGAUAAAGAGAUUGAGGAUCUGAAGCUGAAGGUGGUGGAUCUGGCUGGAGUGAAGAAGCCCGCCCUGAAGAAGGUGCGUAUGUCCGCCGACGCCAUGCUGAAGGCUCUGCUGGGCUCCAAACACACGGUCAACAUGGACCUGAGGGCCAACUUGAAGCAGGUCAAGAAGGAGACCAAAGAGGAGCCAACAGAAGCAAUCGGCGACUGGCGUAAGAACAUUGAGGACAAGGCCGACAGGAAGAAGAUGUUUGAGUCCUCCUAAAACUCUGCAGGACUGUGGCAGAUGAUAGCAGGGGAGACAGGUCUGACUGACGGGGUGCACCUCUGUAUCCCCUGUCAGGGCCCAGAGCGGAGCACUCUGUCUUGCUUUUCUAAUUGUCUGUGAGCACACUAUACUCCUGUGAGAGUAUAACUACUGGCUGAGAAACAUCACAUCAGAAUGUACCAGUUUUCAUGAAAGCAGUAGAAAUAAAUGCUUUGAAAUAUGAGUAA